GUUGUUUUGCUGGUGAAAGUGCACAGCUCGAGAAUUCUAUUGCUGGAUUGUUGUUUCAGUAUAUAUAUACUUAUAUAUAUAUAUAUAUUGUGUGUAUACAUAUAUAUAAGUAUAUACACAAAUUUAUAUAUAUAUAUAUAACCUCACCAACACAAACACACACACACACUAUAUGUAUAUUGUACACACAGAGAUAACAUUUGUAUACAACAACCACAGCAACUUUUAAUAACGAAUUGCAGCCAGGCACUCCUAUUUAUGAAGUCUUUGAAAGGUUAAAGGCCCGAGUGAACGGCGCAAAAAAUAUACGUUACACACACACAUACACACAUGCUUCGUUAACAUCCGUCAAUCCAUCCAUGCAUCUAUCUAUCUGUCUGUCUCUCCACACGCACAUCCCAUCGUAUUACCUAUGUUAACUAUCCGUUCGUCUAUCUUUGAACCCAAGCCAUAUAUUAUACAUCGACAUAUACAACAGAUUUGAUUAUAUCAAAACUGUAUUUUGUUUCCAUUCCUGUUUCGAAAUCUACCUCUUCCUUUAUUAGUAACGUCUUCGUUGUUUCAUUUCUUCGCACAUUCACACACACACUGUCUUUAUCUAUCUAUCUAUCUAUCUAUCUAUCUAUCUAUCUAUCUAUCUAUCUACGUAUAUAAUGUACGGUCAAAGCUAUAUCUGAUUCUGGAGAAGUAAUUAUUACACAAAAACAUCUACGAAAGAAGUUUCUAUUCCUGUUUAUCAUCAUCAUCAUUAUCACAAAUCCACAUCUACAUAGCCAGAAAGCUACCCUGCAUUAAUAUAUAUAUAUAUAUAUAUAUAUAUAUAUAUAUUUUUUUAUAUAUAUAUAUAUAUAUAUAUAUAUAUUAUAUAUAUAUAUAUAUAUACACACUCUCACACACAUACACGUACCCCAAUCUACGUCUUGAGGAGGACCUCAUAGGAACUGGCCCAGCUAUUAUUGUCUGUACAUGUCGCCAAUUCUUGAUAUUUACCGUAUCACUUCACAGACUGCGACAUGAGUAAAAAGAUUUUCCUAUCGCAAGUCAAAUCGGACAACGCUCGCCUGUUUGACUUGUCCGAUGAUGAACUUGUCCGACUCACUGUGAAAGAACUAAACCAAGUAGUGAAGGGUCUCACCAGAGAGCAAGUGUCGCGUCUAAAGCAGCGUCGACGUACACUGAAGAACAGAGGCUAUGCUGCCAACUGCCGUGAGAAGCGGAUAUCACAGAAAGAGGAGUUGGAAAUUGAGAGAGAAAAGCUACGGGCCGAGGUGUACCGGCUGCAACGAGAGAACAACGUGGUCAAAAUGGAACUGGACUCAUUGCGACAAAAAUACGACGCCCUACAGAGAUUUGCCGACAAAAGUGAACUGCUCAUUCUACAAAAGCCAGUGAUGAUGUCUGAACCACUUUCCCUGAAGAGAGAGACAAUUCGGAGUUGACUGUCCGUUGGUGGUGGUGGUCGUGGUGGUAGUCAUGGCGGAAUUCCUUUCUCUUGUCUUCCAGACAGGACUUAUAAUUUUGAACUCUUUCCGCCAUUCUACACAUCACACAACAGCAGUAACUAAAGAUCACCACCUCCAUACAACAACUACUACUACUACUACAACCACUACUUUUCCUCGCCAUACCACUCUAUUAAACAUACAUAUACAUUUAUGAUAUAUAUUAGGUAUACUGUACUUGAUAUGUAUAUUGUAUAACAUAUAUAUAUAUAUAUAUAUAUAUAUAUAUAUGAUAGAUGCAUAAAUAUGAACUAUAUGAUAGUUAUAUAUAUUAUAUAACAUAUACACAUGUAUGUAUGUAUGUAAUCUACAGACAUGACCAAUUAAUAAAGAACUGGAGUGUAAAAGCACCAAAAUGUGUAAGCAGACUUCUGAGAAAAUUAAAUUAAAUUAAGAGAGACUGAAAAGAAACAAAACAAAAACGAAAAAACAAACGAGAAGCCAAAAUAAAAACAACAACAGCAUCAUCAUCAUCUCACACAUGCACAACACACACACACACAUACACACAUAUAUAUAUAUAAUAUAUAUUCAUGUAUACAUACACACACGGUUUAGCAACAGAACUAUGGACUGCUAACUGUUGCAACACAUCAUUCAUCAGUUUCUCUGUUUUGUUUCUUGUCUGUCUGUUCGUCCUGUCAUUCCGUUGGGAUUUUUUUUUUCUUUUUUUAAAAAAAAAAAAGAAUUUUGGUUUUGUUUGUUUUUGUUUCUUUCUUUUUUUUUUGCUCCCCUCCCACCGCUCCUCAGCUUCAGUGUCACCAUCCCCACCACCACUAAUGCCAUCACCGCCCUCUUCUUCUUCUGCUCUGUCCCUUGUAUCCUACCGCUGCUUCUUCUUCUUCUAUUCAUUAUCACACAUUCAUUAAUUGAUGACGUCACUAAUCAAAUGAUUGGAAGGAGAGGGGAAAGUGCUAUAAAUUCCAGGGAUUGGGGGGGUGACAUACAUACACACAUGCAUCUGUACACCCACACACACACAGAGAAAGAAACAAAUUAAUCAGUGACUGUUGUUUCCUUUCCAACCAAAUCCUUUCCAUUUCUGUCUUUUGUUGUUGUUAUACCCUUCAACACACCUCCACACCUCACUGUCCCUGAUUAUGAAUACCCAGCUUCUCUCAUCUACCCCUAUAUCUAUCUAUGUCUCAUCUAUUUUUCUCUUACUUCCCCUUUACCUCAUGUCUCUCUUUGUGUUUCUUUUUCUCUUCUCUCUCUCUAUCUAUCUAUCUAUCUACAUAUGCACCUAUCUAUCUAUCUGUCUGUCUAUCUUUCUAUCUAUCUUGUCUCUCCAUUUUACCUUCGUUGUCAUCUGCUUCUCUCCAUAAAUGUUCCAGAAAAGACAAAAUCCCCUCCUUGAUGUAUAGCUUUCUUGUUUAAACCCACACCCCUCAUUCCUGCUCCACCUCUGCCUUUUUUUCCUGUUGUUUCCCACUGUGACCCUUGACAUUCGCCACAAUACCCCCUCCCCUCCCCACUGCCAUCCCCACUCACUUCUGACCAUUCUGUGGAUAAAAUAUCCACUACCGGACUUCUACGGCCUGCCAUGGCCAUGGUCCACAGGCUCCCCUCACCUGCCCACCCACCCACCCUCUACUUGUUGGUAUCCCAAAGGGUUGUCCAUGAUGCAUUCUCCAUGGACUUCAAAACAACUAAAACAAAAAUGAAAAAAAAUAUCUAUAUAAAUAAUAAUAAUAAUAUAAUAUAAAAUAAUAAUAAUAAUGACAAUAACAAAGACAAAGAGAGAGAAGAAGCUCUCUUCUUUACAGCAAUUUAGACAUAGCGCUCUGAAAAGAAAAGAAAAAAAAAAACAAUUUAUGUACAGCGCAGCAAAAUGUGACGACAGAAGAAAAGGACUUAUUUAUUAUUAUCAUUUCAUGUGUUCAUAUAUAUAUAUGUAUUUACAUGUAUAUACAUAUAUAUAUAUAUAUAUAUGUAUGUAUGUAUGUAUAUAUAUAUAUCUAUAUAUAUAUACUGUUUUCUUUUGUAAAAUGUGUUAUUUCAUCUUUUUCCUCCAUUAUUUCAGUAUGUUUUUAUUUACAGUUGUCUUUUUGUUUCUGAUAUGCAUGUGUGUGUGUAUAUAUAUAUAUAUAUAUAUAUAUAUAUGUAUGUAUGUAUAUCAGCUUCAUUCAUCCCCCCUCUCUGUCUCUCUCUCUCACUUUUCUUUUUCAUCACAAUCACCAUUUCCUCUUCCUCUUUUCUUCUCCAUCUUGUUUGAACAACAUUCUAGAUACUAGAACAUUGGUUCUCUAAGUUUUUUUUUGUUUGUUUUUUUUUUCAACCAGGCCAGCACCAAACUCACCACCACACCCACCACCUCUGCCUCUUCAGCCUAUCCUCUCCACUCUGCUCCCACUCCUUUCCUGUGGUCCUACCGGAACCUCAUAAAACAGAUCCUGAGCUUCACACCAUCUCAAAAUCUGUCUGUAAAGCAUUUUAUAUGAAAAGGUAGAAAGAAGGAAAAAAAAACAACUCCCUUGGCAAAACUAACGUGGAGAUCGAGUAAGCGACACAAUAAUCCAGUAUGGAUAUCACCAUGGUAAUAGUAUAGGUUGUAGUAAUAAUAAUAAUAAUAAUAAU